AUGGCCGAGUCCCGCCUCUUCGCGCCCUUGAAAAUAGGCAGUAUAGAAGUGCAGCACCGUAUCGGCAUGGCCCCCCUAACCCGCCUCCGCGCAACAGCCGCCCACGUCCCAAACCCUCUGAUGGUAGAAUACUACAGUCAACGCGCCUCUGUACCAGGUACAUUGAUUAUUUCUGAAGGUACAUUCAUAUCCCCCUCGGCCUGCGGCGGGUUCGCCAACGCGCCUGGGAUCUGGAACCAAGCGCAGAUCGAUGGCUGGAAGGAAAUCACCGAUGAAGUGCACCGCAAAGGCUGUUUUAUAUACUGUCAGAUAUUCGCCAUGGGGCGUGCUGCGGAUGCGGAAGUGGCGAAGAGAGAAGGCGUUAGUGUUGUAGGGCCGAGCGCCAUUCCGAUUGAAGAAGGCGGGGCGAUUCCACGGGCUAUGAGCAUUACGGAGAUCAAGCAGAUGAUUCGAGACUUUGCGAGUGCGGCGGAGAAUGCAGUAAAGGCGGGGUUUGAUGGGGUUGAGUGUCACGGCGGAAACGGGUAUUUGGUCGAUCAAUUUAUCCAGGAAAAUAGUAACAGGCGCGACGACGAGUGGGGCGGGAGCGUGGAAAAUCGGUCUCGCUUUAUCGAUGAAAUCAUAAAGGGUGUCGUCGCUGCAGUCGGCGCAGAACGCGUUGGGCUUCGUCUCACACCGUGGAGUCUGUUCCAGGGCAUGAGGAUGGAGGAUCCAAUCCCGCAAUUUUCGGAUAUCAUCGACAAAGCCAAGCAAUUGAAUCUGGCAUACCUUCACCUGGUUGAGUCGCGGGUGUCUGGUGCCGUGGAUCGUGAAGAAGCCAGUGAGCGGCUGGAUUUUGCGUACAAGCUGUGGAAUGGGCCACUUCUUGUUGCGGGGGGGUAUAAGCUGGCGGAUGCGCGGAGACUUGUCGAUGAAGAAUAUCCGGACAAGAAUAUUAUGGUCGUAUUUGGGAGAUGGUUCAUCUCAAACCCAGAUCUGGUAUAUAAACUCAAGAGGGGUCUGGAGCUUAGUGCGUACGAACGCACGACUUUUUAUUCCGGCUCAGGUGUGGGUUAUGUGGAUUACCCGUCCAGCGCAGAAUAUCUAGCGAGCGGAGAUGUUUAG